UGGUCGUCUCGGUUUCUAAAAUAUAAAUUGUUUUUUAAAGGUUUUAUGCAGGGCAAGGUUUAGAACUGAGCACAGACGCACCAUAGCGUUGAAAUGUUAACGCAGUCCGGCGUGACGUGCCUGCCGUAGAGGACAGAGCAGUUGAAACGGGUGUAGUAGGUCGGGAUUUUAUUUAAAUGAGUGUUUAUUUGUGUGCUUUGUGUACGCCGAAAUAAAGAAGAGAUCGUGUAGAUUUGUUAAAUGUCUGAUAUUUGAGGAUUUCUAGAUUCUUACUCUUAUUAAAUAGUAAAUACAUUUUGUAAUGCGAGUUUUGAACCGAAUCUGGCUGGACGGUAUCUCCGCACAGGACACAGGAGAAGCGAGGGUAAAAGAUAUGGAUCUUUUUAUUUUUAUUAUGAGCUGUCAGGUGUAGGCCUACUGAAGAUCCGCCGAAAUGAAAAUCGAUCCUUUUUAUGUGUUUUAUGUGUCUUCUUGUGUUUUAAGCUUCACCAUAUCACUAGGUUAAUUAGUGAGGAAAUAAGCGUUAAAAUGUUAUUUUAUUAAACAGAGUCUGGUUCAAGGUAGUUUCGGCGUAGGAGAGAGCGGAUUUGUCUUGGAAAGGAUUCAGCUGAUGGUCACUUACAGCGGCUGCGGGGUCUGUUAGCAGUUCUCACAGUGACGAGCCGGGGGGUCUAUUGAGCAGGUGUCCCUCAGAAAAGUGGAGAUUUUACUGGAAUAAUCGCAGCUUGGAAGACUCAAUUCCGGAGAUAUCCUUGGAAACGCUCAGUUCCAGUCCUCCUCCCGUCAGGGAUGCUCGGCACUGAGCUCUCCCACUAACACCAGUGAGAUACAGAUGUUCUCCAGCAGCAGGAUGACGGGCAGCCAGUCCAGCCUGCUGUACGGACCGCUGGAAGAGCUGCAGGAGCUGGCCUUCAUCGAGAGGCCGAUCCGCAGGAGCCUCAAGACAGUGGAGGAGAUCGAUCAGCUGACUGUGGAUGAAGACUUGAACGACAUUGAGAGAGCCGUCUACCUGCUCAGUGUGGGUCAGGAGGUGCAGAGAGCGAGUGUUAUCAGUAACCUGCCGAGCCUCGUCCGUCAGAAUCCGGCUGAGACGUUUCGUCGGGUCGUACCAAAGGUCCGGGAGGUCCUGAACGGAGCAGGAGCAGAAAUCCAGUUGGCAGCAGCAUCGUCAUUUUUAACCAUCCUACAGGACGACAUUAUCCUGAUCCACACCCACACCUUCUCCAUCCUGAAGACCGUCCUGCUGCACCUGAACCACCGAGACACAGUGGUGAGCACCGCGUGGUUGGAAACUCUGCUGUCGGCCAUCAACGCUCUGCCUAAGGAGACCAUCAAACAGGAGGUGCUGAACCCUCUCCUCUAUCAGUCUCAGCUGUCUCACUCUCUUCAGGCUCGUCUGGCCAGCUGUCGCAUUUUAGGGAAAGUCGCCGGCAAGUUUGACUCCCACAUAGUAAAGAUGGAGCUGCUGCCGUUGGCUCGUUCUUUCUGUCUGGACGUGGAGUUUGAGGUUCGAGCCUGUAUGUGCCGUCAGCUGGAGAGCAUCGCCAGAGCAAGCAGGGCAGACGACACCAGGACGGAGCUGCUUCCUGAGCUGGUGGAGCUCGCCGGAGACGAGGAGAGCAGCGUCCGCCUUGCCGCCUUCGACACCAUCAUCAACCUGAUAGAGAUCAUCGACAGCGAUGACAGACUCCAUGUUGUGGUUCCCCUAGUGAUGUCAGUAUGCGAGGUUUCAUCGCAGGCGGACAAAGCCGUUGUGGCGUCUUUGUCAUUCCAGUUUGGGAGGCUCUGCAGCGGACUGGCAGGCUCUCUGUCAGAUGAGCAGACGGGCCGGUUGCUGCAGAGGUUUAAGGUGCUGUCUGUUGCCGGUCUGCAGACUGAAGGAAACCAGACCGAAGGCGAUGAGUCGACGCUGAUCCGCUGCAACUGCUGCUACAACCUUCCGGCCAUGGUGGUGUUUGCUAAGCCGGCUCACUUCCUGUCAGAGCUCUACCCCUCUUUCUCCAGUCUUUGCUGUGACCCAGAGGUCAGCGUUCGACGAAGUGCUGCAGCCAGUUUCCACCAGGUGGUGAUGCUGCUCGGCUCAAACGUGCAGCAGGUCCACAAAGAGCUCCUGGCUCUGCUGCAGGACCCCGCGUUGGAGGUGUUGGAUGCUCUAAUGAAUCACCUGGAAGAAACUCUGGGGGCAGUUCUUUCCAGAGGAGAGAACCUGGCGCUGGACAACAAGUUCCCGGAGCUGCUGGCGGCUCUGCUGUUAGCGGAGCACAAGGUCGGAUGCUCUCUGCGUUGGCGGCUGCAUGAGAAGCUUUUGCAACGUUACAGCUGUUUGGCCAGACUUGUGCCUGGAGAAGUUUUGCACCUGAGCUUCUCCCCUCGCAUCUUCACCAUCCUUACCACCAAUAAGGUGUUGCCAGUUCAGAAGGAGGCGGCUCGGACCUUCUGCACAUUCCUGCGUUACAACCGCAAACAGGAGCACCGUCAGGAGCUGAUGGAGCGACUGAUCCAAGAUCUGGCUCAGGGGCGGAGCUACUGGAACCGUCUGAGGUUCCUCGAUGUUUGUGAAAUGGCCACUGAGAUUUUCUCAAGGAAAUACUUUAACAAACACUUCCUAAUGCCGGCGCUGGAGCUUGUCCAUGACCCAGUCGCCAACGUCAGGUACAAGCUGUGCCAGUUGUUGCCCAGAUUGCGUUCGUUGCUCCACCUGCCGGCUGACAAACAGCUUUUGCAGCAGCUCGACUUCUGCGUCCAGAAACUCCUCUGCAAAGAAAAAGACAAAGAUGUGGUGGCAACCAUCCGCAAGACAGUGUUGGAGCUGGACAAACUGGACCUGGCAGAGCCUUUUCACAAGAGGCAGGAGAGGGAUCUGCUGGACCAGAAGAAGGAGAAGGAGGAGACGCUGCUGCUGGAGAUGGAACAGCUGGAGCGCCAGCAGAGUGAUGGGAAACUGAACUCUGAGAAACAUACAGAGAGAAAAAGAAGAGACAGUAAAACCAGUCUCUCUGCAACCAAAUCCAUGUCUGUGUCCUCGUCUGGAGCAGCCUUGUCCUCUUCCGGUAAAGAGAUGAGGAAGGCUAAACUGUCACGGAGUCGAUCACUCAGCAGUCAGCCGACGCCAUCCAAAUCUGCCAACUCAGACAGACCUCUAAAAGUAAAAGAGCUGAGCAGUAUGUCUGGACCCGGGAAGUCCUCUAUGUUAUUGAGCAAAGACGACUCCUUGAGGACUGCUCACUUCUCUAUGGCAACCAAGUCCACUGCCUCUAUGCCGGUCCUGAUCCGCAGCAACACCACCAGCCUCCUGGAGAGGGCCGGUACACUGGACCACAGGAACAAUAUGAUGGACCAGAGAGACCACAGGACCAGUACCUUGGACCACAGAGACCACAGGACCAGUACCUUGGACCAAAGAGACCAGAGGACAAGUACCUUGGACCAGAGAGACCACUGGACCAGCGCCUUGGACCAGAGAGACUACAGAACCAGUGCCUUGGACCAGCGCAGUAAAACGAUGGACCGGGGGUGCGGAGUGAAGGACAGCCAGUCCAGAAAGUUUUCAAUAAACAGGAAGUCGAACUCUUUCAGCGUCCAGUCGGGAAGAGAAUGAAGAUGUUGAUUUCAUCAUACAUCCAACAAGCCACCAGCCAAUCAGCAGUCAGGGUUCACAAGUUGAAGGAUGAAUAAAGCCCUCAGAACAUUACCCAGAAUGCAACAGAGACAGUCUGACUUCUAUUAUCAGAACACUGUGUAUUGAAAUGAUCUCAUUCUGUCACCUGAUUGGUUCAGUAAACUCCACAUACAAACUGUUGCAGUGUUCUUAUUGGUUUACCUGCUGACGUGUGAUUGGUUGGAUUAAUGUGACAAUAACUAUGGUAUAAUUGUUCUGUGUGUUGAUUGGUUUGGAAUAUGUGAUGUUGUGUUAGUGAGAUCAGACACGCAGAAGUUCAUUUUAAUGUUUAAUGUUUUACAGUGCAGGUUGUACACAUGUUGUAUUAUAAUUCUAUAUAUAUUAAAUAAGUACAGGAAGGGUUUUCAGACAUAUAGUACCUAAUGCUAUGAUAGGGGUUGUCAUGCUAACGUUUACUAACAAGCUCUAAACAUAAAGUCAAGCUGACUCCUGUUAUUAACUGUUUGUAUCAGAGCUUUGUAAUUGUUUUAAUGUCAGUCAUCCACAAAUCAGAGAACCACAGUUACAUCAGUAACUCUAAUGUCUCAAAUAAGGCUCAUCACCCUAAAUAAUACUCCUAGUGGUAGUUCUACUACUGCAAUUACUUACAUGUAAUACUACCUCGUAUUUGUUU